UCCUUCUCCCUCUCUCACUCUCUCUCUCCCCCCUUCCUCCCUCCCUAACGCUCUCCCAUUUCCCUUUCCUUCUCCCUCUCUCACUCUCUCUCUCCCUUUCCUCCUUUCCGUCCCUCAUUCUCUCUUCCUUCCUUCUUUCUUUUCCCCUCUCUCACUUUCACUUUCUCCCUCUGCCUCUGCCUUCUGCCCUCUCUGUCUGCGUGUCUCUGUCUCUCACUGUCCUCCCUCCCUCCGGCCGUCUCCCGCAGAUCCCAGGGAGCAUGGUGCAUGCAGUUAUAUUGCUUCCUCGCUGAAGUUCAGCUGCUUGGGAUCAAGGAACAGCUUGGAGUCCUGAAGGUAGACUUCUGCACUAGAUAAAGCAGCAGGUAUAAGCCCCUGAUCUCUCUGUGAUCGCUCGGUUUAUUGUCUGGUGAAACCCCAGGACAGACGGUGCAUCCUUGGAGGAGGAGGCCUCGCUCAUGGAUGUGUUCGGCGGGGCGCCCAGGUUCUUGGCGUACCCCAGGACCUACACCGUGCCCAGCGGGGCAGACGCGGUCCUCAAGUGCCAGAUCGUGGGAGACCCUCGGCCGACAGUGAUCUGGGAGCGGGACCAGACACUGAUCUCUCCGUCAGACCGCUACCACUUCGUGGAGGAGGGCGAUGAGUACAACCUGGUGAUCCGCCAGGCCCUUCUGGAGGACAGCGGCCAGUACAUCUGCAAGGCGAAGAACCCGGUGGGCGAGACCUACGCCGCCGCCACCCUCCGGGUGGAGGAAGGGGAGUGGGACCCGGAGAACCGGCCGGUGUUUCUGGUCAGGCCGAGCUCGGCCCGGGUGGGCCGUGGGGAUGACGUGGUCUUCGUGGGGCAGCUGACCGGGAAGCCCGCCCCCUCUGUGAGUUGGGAGAAGGAUGGGAAGAAGCUGAGCGAGAUCUUUGAGAGCGCCCAUUUCAGCGCAGGCGGCCAGGGCGAGGGGUGGCACCACCUCAAGCUCUUCGGUGCCCGCCCGCCCGACGCGGGGGUCUACCUCUGCAGGGCCUCCAACACCUAUGGGGAGGCAAUGGCUGCCGCGGUGCUCCUGGUGGACCCUGCGAUGGAAGCUCUCACCCCCACUCCCAGCUCGUCCUCCCGCCAGCCAAGCGCCCUCGGUCUCCAGAACGGGGAGGGGCAGGAGGGGAACCGGCCCCACCGUGAGCGGAGGCAUCGGGGCCGGCCCCAGGAGAGGAGGGCUGAUCCCGGCCUGGAGAGGGGCCCUGGAGCGGAGGACCUGCCGCAUCCCACCAAGGUCAGGGCCUUCGCCGUGUCCCAAGGCAAACACGCCAAGUUCCGCUGCCUAGUGACGGGCAAACCCAAGCCCGAGAUUGUGUGGAGGAAGGACGGAUGGCCAGUCACUCCCGACCGGCGACACCUGCUCUACGAGGACCGCGAGGGCUACUUCAACCUGAAGGUGCUCUACUGCAAGCAGCGGGACCGCGGUCUCUACACCUGUGCAGCCUCCAAUGCGGCGGGCCAGACUCUCAGUUCCGUCCUACUCCAUAUCAAAGAACCUCGGAUCAAGUUUCGCAGCCAGCUGCAAGAUGUUGAGGUGAAGGAGAGGGAGCAGGCGGUCCUGGAGUGCGAGGUCCCAGCUGAGUCCGUCCCUGCCACCUGGUAUCUCGAAGACCGGAAGCUGCAGCCCAGCGCCAAGUACGUCAUCGAGCAGUGGGGCACACGGCGCCGUCUUACCAUCAAGGACAUCACCAUGGACGAUGAUGGCAUCUACCUCUGCCAGAUGAAGGAUGGAGGGAGGAGUAUUGCUGAGGUGGCGGUGAAAGGUAAGAUCGUGAAGCGGUUGCCACGGAAGCUGGACGUGGUGGAGGGGGAGAAUGCGGCGUUCUGCGUGGACCUGGAUGAGGACAAUGUGGACGUUCGCUGGUACAAGGACGGCGAGCCGCUCAGCGAGUCUCACAAGACCAUCAUCAAAUCAUUCGGGAAGACACACAUCCUGGUUUUCGUCAAUGCCACCCUGGAGGAUGCUGGCGUCAUCACCUUUGUGAUCAGUGAAUCCAAGUCGUCCUCCCAGCUCCAUGUGAAACCCAAGAGGCAGACAGUCCCCGGAGCGCCGGAGAACGCCCGGCUGAGCAGCGAGCGGCCCAAUACGGCCUCGCUGGUGUGGUCCCCGCCGGGCGAACGUGGCGGCACUGGGGCCGCCGGCUUCGUGGUGGAGCGGCAGGAGCUGGGCUCCGAGGAGUGGGUGCGCUGUCUGACCACCGAGGGUAGCACGGCCGUGGAGAUCCUGGGUGAGAGCGUCCCCGCCGAGGCCCGGUACCGGUUCCGCGUCUGUGCCGUUAACAAGCACGGCCGGGGAGGGGUGACUGAAUUCCCCGGAGCCGUGCACUUGGUACCCGUGGCCAGGAUCCGCAUGCACCUUAAUGACACAACGGUUUGUCAGGAGGAAGACGCGGAGUUUGCCAUCGAGCUGACCGCCCCGGUCAUUGGGACCUGGCACAUGAAAGGCAGACAACUACAGGAGGGUGAGCGCAUCAGCAUCCAGCAUUCCAGGUCGCAGCAUUCCCUCCUCAUCCGGCGAGCCAAGCUGGAGGAGAACGAGGUGGAGGUGACCUUCGUCGCGCAUGGUGUGAGGGACUCUGCCAUUCUGUUUGUUAAAGCUGUCCCACUGGAAGUCUCACUGAGCCCAGGCAUGGAGAAGGAGCAGCGAGUCACAGCCCUUGAGUCGAUCAUACUGAGCUGUGAAUUGUCCCGGCCCAGUGGCCAGGUCCGCUGGGUCAAAGAUGGUGAGGACCUCGAGGCCAGUGACCGGAUAUCACUGGAGUCCUGUGGCCAGACAAGGAGACUCAUUGUCCAGUCCAGCCAGCUCUCAGAUUCCGGGCAGUACACCUGUGAUGCGACAGAUAACUCCAUCACUUUCUGCGUUACAGUGUCAGAGCCGCCAGUGAGAAUCGUGAACACGGCCGAUGACACCAAGGCGGAAUACCUCAAGUCCGACCGAAUUGUCCUGAACUGUGAGCUGUCCCGCCCAAGCGCUGAGGUGAAGUGGUACAAAAAUGGUCUGGAGGUGGAGGGGGACGCAAACAUCGUAAUGGUGUCACACGGAGUCCACAGGAGUCUGAUCAUCCAGAGCGCCAGAAUAGAAGAUUCCGGAGAAUAUGUCUGCGACACUGGAGAUGACUCCAUCUUCUUCGAUAUUACUGUGAGAGAACCACGUGCAACACUCAGAGCUGCAGAGGACGGGCAACAGACACGAUACCUGUGCGGCGAGACCGUUGUGUUAAACUGUGAGGUGUCCCACUCCGACGCUGAGGUCAAGUGGUACAAGGACAGCGGCGGACUGGAGGAGAGGCCGGAUGUGAGGAUGGAGUCCGAGGGAGCUCAGAGGAGGCUGGUCAUUCCCCACUGCUCCAAGGAUGAUAGCGGAGUCUACGUCUGCGAGGCCACAGGAGACUCACUGUCCUUCACAGUCACCGUGACAGAUCUCCCAGUGACCAUCGUCAGCAGCUGCCCCUCAGAGGUGAUGGUGCCAGUUGGUGCCGAGGUGAUCCUGUGGUGCCAGUUGUCCUGGCCACAAGGGCUGGUGAGGUGGUCCAGGGAUGGGGCUGAGCUGGAGCCCAGCGAGAGGUGCAGGAUAGAGGUGGAGGAGGAGUGGAGGAGGCUGAUCAUUCACCCGGCCGUGGUGGAGGACCAGGGCACCUACGUGUGCCGCUCGGCCAAUGCCAUGGCUGUAUUUAAGGUCACGGUCUCUGAACCGCGUGUGACACUCAGAGCUGCAGAGGACGGGCAACAGACACGAUACCUGUGCGGCGAGACCGUUGUGUUAAACUGUGAGGUGUCCCACUCCGACGCUGAGGUCAAGUGGUACAAGGACAGCGGCGGACUGGAGGAGAGGCCGGAUGUGAGGAUGGAGUCCGAGGGAGCUCAGAGGAGGCUGGUCAUUCCCCACUGCUCCAAGGAUGAUAGCGGAGUCUACGUCUGCGAGGCCACAGGAGACUCACUGUCCUUCACAGUCACCGUGACAGAGCCUCCGGUCUGUAUAAUCCGAUCAAAGGAUCAGCUGCUGGACCACAAGUUCCUGGUGUCCGAGGAGAUUCGGCUGGAGUGUGAGGUGUCUCGGGCAGACGCACCUGCCUUUUGGUACAAGGACGGGGAGAAGGUGACUGAGGACAGGCGGACAUUCACCAGGAGCGAGGGGACUGUCCGGUCACUGCAGGUCCUGGACGCACGGCUGACGGACUCGGGAGAGUACCUGUGUGAUGCCCAGGAUGACAGCAUUGUGUUCCGAGUCCUCGUAGUAGAACCUCCGGUCCGUGUAACCCGGCCAACAGACCGGCUUCUGGCCCACAAGUUCCUGGUGUCCGAGAACAUUCAUUUGGAGUGUGAGGUGUCCCGGGCGGACGCACUUGCCCGAUGGUACAAGAACGGGGAGAAGGUGGCUGAGGAUGGGCGGACAUCCACCAGGAGCGAGGGGACUGUCCGGUCACUGCAGGUCCUGGGCGCACAGCUGACUGACUCGGGGGAGUACCUGUGUGAUGUCCGGGAUGACAGCGUUGUGUUCCGAGUCCUCGUGGAAGAACCUCUGGUCCGUAUAAUCCGACCAACAGACCGGCUGCUAGACUUCAAGUUCCUGGUGUCCCAGGAGAUUCAUCUGGAAUGUGAGGUGUCCUGGGCGAACGCACUCGCCCAUUGGUACAAAGACGGGGAGAAGGUGGCUGAGGACAGGCGGACUUUCACCAGGAGUGAGGGGACUGUCCGGUCACUGCGGAUCCUGGGCGCACAGCUGACUGACUCGGGAAAAUACCUGUGUGAUGUCCGGGAUGACAGCGUUGUGUUCCGAGUCCUCGUGGAAGAACCCCCGGUCCGUAUAACCCGACCAACAAACCGGUUGCUAGACCGCAGGUUCCUGGUGUCUGAGGAGAUUCGUCUGGAGUGUGAGGUGUCCCGGGCGGAUGCCCUCACCCGCUGGUACAAGGAUGGGGAGAGGGUGUCUGAGGACGGGCGGACAUCCACCAGGAGCGAGGGGACUGUCCGGUCACUGCAGGUCCUGGGCGCACAGCUGACUGACUCGGGGGAGUACCUGUGUGAUGUCCGGGAUGACAGCGUUGUGUUCCAAGUCCUUGUGGAAGAACCCCCAGUCCGUAUAACCCGACCAACAGACCGGCUGCAAGACCACAAAUUCUUGGUGUCCCAGGAGAUUCGUCUGGAGUGUGAGGUGUCCCGGGCGGACACACUUGCCCGAUGGUACAAGGACGGGAAGAAGGUGGCUGAGGAUGGGCGGACAUCCACCAGGAGCGAGGGGACUGUCCGGUCACUGCAGGUCCUGGGCGCACAGCUGACUGACUCGGGAGAGUACCUGUGUGAUGUCCGGGAUGACAGCGUUGUGUUCCGAGUCCUCGUUAAAGAACCCCCUGUCCGCAUAACCCGGCCAACAGAACGGCUGAUGGACCACAAGUUCUUGGUGUCCGAGGAGAUUCGGCUGGAGUGUGAGGUGUCCCGGGCAGACGCAUCCACCUGGUGGUACAAGGAUGGGGAGAAGGUGGCUGAGGAUGGGCGGACAUCCACCAGGAGCGAGGGGACUGUCCGGUCACUGAGGGUCCUGGGCGCAAGGCUGAUGGACUCGGGGGAGUACCUGUGUGAUGUCCGGGAUGACAGCGUUGUGUUCCGAGUCCUCGUGGAAGAUCCACCGGUGACCAUCUUAGGAAGCAACAAGAUAUCCGAGGACCGGACUUUCACUGAAUCAGAGGUCAUCUCCAUGACGUGUGAACUGUCUCGGUCGGACGUGAAGGUCCGCUGGUACCGGGACGGUGUCGAACUACUGAACAGUGACAAGGUCAAGAUUGAGUCACGGGGUCUGACGCGGGAGCUGCUGAUCUUCGACUCGGAGCCCUGUGACUCCGGACAAUACGUCUGUGAUGCUGGGUCUGACAAGUUGACCUUCAAAGUAACAGUUGCAGAGGCCCCAGUGCUCUUCACGAACAAAGGGAAGCUUCCGGAAGAAGUCACGGUCAACGAGAAUGGGAAGGCCGUGCUGGCUGCCAUUGUCUCCAAGGAGAAGGCCAGCGUCACCUGGUACAGGCACAAGGAACCGGUGUCUGCAGGGGAGAAGAACGAGAUGAAUUGCGAGUCGCGGGUCCAUAGUCUGAUCCUGAAGAACGUGCAGAAGGAGGAUUCCGGAUUCUACGUCUGCCGGUCCGCAGACGACAAAAUGACUUUCAAUGUCAGCAUGAUAGAGCUCCCGCUGGUGUUCGUGAGGAGGCUGGAGAACACGGGUGUGCAGAGGGGCAGCUCGGUCACCCUGUGGUGUGAGCUGAACAAGGCCAGGGGAGACGUGGUGUGGCUGAAGGAUGGCGCUGAGGUGGAGCCCAGCCGGAAGCGCACCAUCCGGGCCGAGGGGCGGCUGCGCUCCCUCACCCUCAGCAAGGCAGCCCCCGAGGACGAGGGGGAGUACGCCUGCAAGAGCAAGGACGACAGGACGGCGGCGCGGGUGUCGGUCAGUGUUCCACGGGUGGUCGAGUUCAUCUCCGACCUGCACAACCUCACCGUGCUGGAGGGAGAGGUGGCCAAGUUCAAGUGCAUGGUGUCACCCGAGGACGUGCGGCUGGUGUGGAGGGUGAAUGGCGCCGAUGUCCCGCCAGGCAGCGACAAGUAUCUGGUCUCUCAGAAUGGCCUGUGCCACACCCUGCUGGUACGGGAUUGUCGGGCAGGCGAGGUGACCAGAGUCACAGCGGAGGCCGAAGGCCUCUUCUCCAAGGCCAGCCUUCAAGUGCAAGAGGCCCAGAUCGUUUUCACCAAGAAGAUGGUGGGCGUGGCUGUGGAGGAGUUCCAGGAUGCCACGUUCGAGGUGGAGGUGAGCUGUGGGGCAGCCGAGGUCCAGUGGAUGAAGCAGGGGGUGGUGAUCCAGGCCGGACCCCGGUUCCUGCUCCAGAGCGAAGGCAGGCUCAGGAGGCUGACCGUGCUCGGGACCACCGUCACGGACCGGGGGACCUACCGCUGUGAGACGCUGCAUGACCGGACGCAGGGCAAACUCAGCGUGGAACCUCGGAGAAUUAGCCUGAGGAAGUCCCUAGUGGACCUGGACACCUUCGAGAAGGAGGCUGCCACAUUCCACGUGGAGUUGUCCCACCCGAAUGUUGAGGGGGUGUGGGUCAAGGAUGGAAUUCGUGUGAAGCCGUGCUCCAAGCGGCGGGUCAGUGUGGAGGGGACGCGUCACAGCCUCACUCUGUCUGACCUCACGUUAGAGGACACGGGAACCAUCGCGUUCCAGAGCAAUAAUAUCCGCUGCUCGGCACGGCUCACAGUUCGAGAGCCCCCUGUGACCUUCACCAGACAACUGAAGGACCUGCAAGUCCCCGAAACCACCGUAGUCACCUUGGAGUGCGAACUGUCCCGUCCCAACGUGGAGGUCAGAUGGCAUAAGGACGACAUGGAGAUCAAACCCAGCAAAAGCAUCCGGAUUUAUUCCAUGGGCCGGAAGCGAGUUAUGCAGCUCGGGAGGUGCGGAGUGGAAGAUUCUGGAAUUUAUAGCUGUGAUGCUGGAGAUAAUAAAACCACUGCCAGACUGGAGGUUUAUGCGACCAUCUUAUGUGCUCCCCUCACAGAACGGGAAGUCCGCAUUGUGAAGCAUCUGGAGGACCUGGAGGUACGGGAGAAUGACAACGCAGUGUUCGUCUGCGAAGUUUCCCACGAGGGAGUGAAGGGCGAGUGGUUGAAAGACGGAGAGAGAAUCAAGUCCAACAACACAGUCAAAAUAAGACAAGAGGGGACCAAACAUUUCUUGCUGAUCUGCAAGGUGAAGGCUGAGGAUGCGGGAGAGAUCCAAUUCACAGCAAAGAGCGUUGAGUCCACAGCUCACCUGGACAUUAAUGAGCUGCCAAUUAAGAUUGUGAAACCACUGCGGGACAAGACUGCACUGGAGAAACACAAGGUCAUUCUGGAGUGCAAAGUGUCCAAGCCCCGGGCGAGGGUGCGCUGGUACCGUGGCGACGAGGAACUCCAUCCGACAGACAAAUACGAGAUCUGCAGUGAGGACUGCUACCGUAAGCUGGUCAUCCACAAUGUCAGCUUUGAGGAUGAAGAUACCUACACCUGUGACGCCUUCGAUGACAUCUCGUCUGCCAAGGUCCUGGUGGAAGAACAAGCCAUCUUGAUGGUGAAGGACCUGGAGGAUGUGGAGGUGAGGGCUCCAGGGGGAGUGGAGAUGGAGUGCGAAGUGUCGGUGCCCGUGAUCAGACCCCCGCAGUGGACCCUCAACGGCCGACUCCUUCAGAGUGGGAAGGGGGUGCGGCUGGAGAACCACGGCACUGUCCAGAGGCUUGUCCUGAGCCAGACCUCCCCCGAGAUGAGCGGGCUGGUCAAAUUCACCGCGGGAAAGGCGCGGUCCAGUGCUCGGCUCACCAUCAAAGCCGAGUAGAAGAGACAGCUCAGAGGGUGUUGCUGGCUACCUGGGGAACCCCCACACACGCACUGGCUGUAGCUCAUCAUUGGACCUCGUAGCUGGACUCCCCUCCCUCUGUCAUGCCAGAUGUUCCAGGGUUGAGUGAAGAGCCAAUGACAUUGCAUCUGCUAUAGACUCUGGUAAUUGGAGUGUAUCCAAGUCGCCUCUCAGACAGAAGCUGAUACAUUUCAUCACCAGCCUCUCCAAACACUUCAUCGCUGUGGAUAUAAGUGCAACUGGGGUAGCUGUUUCGGUCUCCAGACUCAAAUGCCUCGGCAAAUUUCGGAUCCCAUGGUUCACCCGAGGCUUCUGACUGGGGAAGACCCUGAAUUAUUUAGUGGGAGACACUCAUCUACAAUUGUUUUAAUGAAGUCCAAUACAGCCCUGGUGUAUUCAUUCAGAUCCCUAGAUGAGUGCUUGAACACAGCCCAGUCCACUGACUCAGAGCAAUCCUGUAAUCGUUCCUCUGCAUCCUGCAACCUCCUCUUAGUUGACCAAGUCUCUGGAGACUUGCUUUUUAGGCUCUAGCUGUAUGCAGGUAGGAGAAGUGAUCCGAUUUUCCGAAGUGCGAUCUGGGCAAGGAACGGUAGGCAUUCCUUAUCUUAGUGUACCAGUGGUCUAGUGUGUUUUGACCUCUGAUGUUACAGGUUAUAUUCCUCCAACUACUUAUCUGAUUCUUUCUUGAAAACUUCAAACAAAACAGUUUAGACCACAUCUGGCACCUUAUUCGCAGCUUUAAUUUAAGCAAUACUGUAACACAAUGGACAAGUUUUCCAGAAAUCAAAUUGCCACAAUAAGAUACAAUCUUAGACUGAUACAGCAGGGAACAGGCCCCUCAGCCCAACUCAUUCUUGCCCACCUUAGUCAGUCGCUUUCGCCUGCCUUUGGCACAUAUCCUUCUAAUCUUUUCAAUCCAUGUACCUGUCCCAUUGUCUUUUAAGUGUAAUCAUGUCUGCUUCAAUCUCUUCCCUGGCAGCUUGUCCCAGAUACACAUCACCCUCUACGUGAAAAUAUUUCCCUCAAGUCCCUUUUAAAAUCUUACCCCUCUCACCUUAAAUUGUAAGACAUAAGAGCAGAAUGUAGCCUGUUGGCCCAUUGAGUCUGCUCUGCCAUUCCAUCAUGGCUGAAUUGUAUUGAGAAAUAUAUCUGACAUAACCACUAUAUAUACCUGAAAUAUAAUCACUAUGUAUUAGCUAUUUACUAUACUAUGUAAUCACUUCUAGGUACUGAAUAUUAGUAUGUAUUAUUUGACUAGACACAUUUUGUUAUGUGUUGUUUUCACUAGAUACUUUGUACUCUCUUAGCUGCAUAUUGUGGCACUUAAUUUAGCAGUACUAUUAGCUGAGCUGUAUCCCAUGUAUUACACUCAGCCUUUGUUUAGUAAGAGAUAACGGUGGCGGACAGGAUGCUGCGAGCAGGAAUGUAAUGUGAGGGAGGUUGUCUGGAAAACAUAAUCUUGGCCACGAAUAAGGUCCCAAUGCGAAUGGGUGAAAAAUAAUGGUGACUAGGCAACAGCGAUUGAUUAGUUAAUGUAUAGAUGAUAUGCAAUUAUAAAUUGAUUGGGUAUGCUGAUGAAACCGAAAUGUAACUGAGAUAAGAAAUUACUAUAAAGAAAGCUGUACACCGCAGCUCGGCGGGCUUUCGGUGACAAGUUCAUUGAUUGCCUCAGCCUUUGUUUGCAAAUAAAGGU